CUGCAACGCUGGAUACAGGCAGAGGUGGACAAAAACCCUCAGCUGAUGGAGAGACGAGAGCAGCUGGGGCAAGUGGAGGAGUGGGUGAAGCAGAAGGAGAGAGAGUCCACCUACACCCGUCUGCUGUACAGCAAUGCCUGCCAAUUUAAACAAACAGCACAAGAAUACACAGAAUCAACUUUGAUCAAUUAUAUUCCCCCCUCUCCCACCCGGCACCCAACAUACAUCCCAGUGGUCAAACAUUGAAUAACAACAUACACACAUAUAAACAGACAGUCCAAAGAAAACACUUGAUGACAUAAAAAAAAAAAACACAUAAAAUUAACCAAAAAAAAAAAAAAAAGGGUUCCACAUAUUAAUUAAUUUACAUGUAUUUAAUCAAAAUUGUCCCUCUCCACUGCUCCUCACUGGCGACCUUCUAGGAAGGCCAGAUAAGUGCCCUACUUCUUACCAUAAGCACCCAAACUGUCCAGCCGUCUAUGUGACAUCUCUUCAAAAACCGCCACUCUGCCCAACUUGGUGCACCACUCAUGAAAUGAGGGCACACCAGCCGACUUCCAUUCCCUAAGAAUUACCUGCCUAAUGAUCAUCACGCUGAUCAGUCCUUGAGUGUGAGUCGGUGAUGAAAGGUCUUUAUGGAAUGUUGGGAUUGGAGUACAAAGACGUGGACUCGGAGGAGGAAGGAGAAGAGGUCAAAGAAUCACAGGAUGUCAUUCAUAUCACAGAUGAUGACGAGGAGGAUGGAGAGGAUAAUACUGGCCAUGAUGAAGAUGAGGAUGAUGAUGAUCUUGUUGUCAUUGAUCUGGGUGCUACCAAAGAAACCUUGGAACCAAUGCUUGAAAAGGUGACUGUGGCCAUGCAGAAGUCCUCCAGACUGGUUCAGGACUUAGUCCAAAUGGUGAAGAAAUCUUCCUCCAUAAACACUGAAUCAUCAUCAGAUAUCACCUCCAGACCCUCAUCAACCUCGACCCCUGAGAUCAGCCGUUUUGAGUCUGUUACACCUACGCAUUCUUCCCCACCAAUUAACCAGACAAAACAAAGCCUGGAACUAACAGACAACUCCUUUGCAAUAAUUAAGACGGAAUCUCUAUGUCCUUCUAAAUUGUCCUUGUUCCCAAUUAAUUCAGGACAGUGUAAAGAUAUUAGAGGUCCUAAUUCAGAUUCCACAGCAACGAUUAAGACUGAAACUCAGUUGACAGCAUUAACCUCUCCUGAAAUGACUUCGCUUCAGAGCAGUUCAAAACAACACAAAACUAUUAAGACUGAAUCUCAGUUGAUGGAAUUGACUCCUUCCGAACCAAGCAGUUCAAAACAAUACAAAAAUAUCGGCAGUCAUAAUUCGCCAUCCAUAGCAUCAAUUAAGACUGAAUCUCAAUUAACAGCAAUGACUCCUUUCGAACUAUCAUCAAUUCCAAGCAGUUCAGAUCAAUGCAAAUCUAUUGCCAUGGAAAAUUGGUCAUCCAUGGCAAUGAUUAAGACUGAACCUCAAUUGACAGAAGUAACUCCUGAAAUGUCUUUUCUUCCAAGCGAUUCUGAACAAUUUGAAACAAUUCCCAGUUGUAUUUUGGACUCAAAGGUAAAAAUUAAAACAGAACCUCAAUUGACCUCCAAAAUGCCUUUGCUUCCAAUCAAACCAGAACAACCCCAUACUACUGCCAGUCAUAAUACAGCAUCCAUAGCAACAAAUGAGAUUGAUCCUCAACAAGCAGAAAAGACCCCUUCUGAAAUGUCUUCACCUCCAAAUGGUUCAGAACAACACAAAAUUAUUGCUAUUCAGAAUUCGGAUUCCACAGCAUCCGCAUUCCACACUGAUCCUCAAUCGACACAGGUGACUCCUUCCGAAAACUCUUUGCUGCCAAGCAGUUCUAAACAACCAAAAACUAUUGCCAGUGAUAAAUUGGCUUCUAUGGACAAGAAGACGAAAAAAGCGACAAAAAGGAAGAAAUCUGCCAAAUCCUCUGCGUCCUCGACAAGUGCCACGACCAGGCUGAGAUCUUCAACAGCUGCUGCAUCCAACACCAACAGUCCUAUUUCACAAUCUGAAACAUCAAGUACACCCUCACCUGUAGAAAGUAAUGCAGAAUCAACUGACAUAGAGGAGCCUGAAAGCCCUACAAACUCUGAUGAUUCAUCGGAUCCAUCAUGGUUUCCUGAUUCACCAUCAUCCUUACGAUCAUCUACAAAUACGUUUACCAAAAAAACAACCAGCAAAGCUGUAACUGGCUCAUCUUCAAGCUGCUUUUCACCUGCUGCUUCUAUUGAAUCUUCAGAUGCUAUACAAGUUUCCAAGGCGUCAUCCAGUGAAGUUUCCAAGGCGUCAUCCAGUGAAGUUUCCAAGGCGUCAUCCAGUGAAGUUUCCAAGGCGUCAUCCAGUGAAGUUUCCAAGGCGUCAUCCAGUGAAGCUUCCAAGGCGUCAUCCAGUGAAGCUUCCAAGGCGUCAUCCAGUGAAGCUUCCAAGGCGUCAUCCAGUGAAGCUUCCAAGGCGUCAUCCAGUGAAGUUUCCAGUGAAGCUUCCAAGGCGUCAUCCAGUGAAGCUUCCAAGGCGUCAUCCAGUGAAGCUUCCAAGGCGUCAUCCUGGGAAUUUUCCAGGGCUUCAUCCAGUGAGCCCCCCAAGCCUUCUAAGAUACCUAAAGAGAUCGAACUGAAGGUCAGCACAGAGGUUUUGGGGAAGUGGAAGGAUAAGACAUGGUGUCGAGGAACAGUAGAAGAGGUCCAAAAAACAGAGGAUGGCAACAUGUAUAAGGUGGAGUUUAAGAAUGGCAAAAAAAGCAUGCUGCCUGCUCACCAAGUGGCCUGUCUGAAGUCUCCGUUGCUCAAGGAUCUGUAUAUUGGCUGUCGUGUUGUGGCCAGCUGCCGAGAUAAUGAAGGAAAGACCUGGUUUAUUGGUGCAGUGCUUGCUGAACUUCCUGAUCGCAAGAAUCGCAUGAGGUUCAUGGUGUUUUUUGAUGAUGGCCAAGUUAUUUAUCUCGCACUGCCAGACCUUCAUUUUGUCUGCAAACAAAUGAAAAAGGUAUGGAAGGACAUUGAGGAUGAGACAGUUCAGUUGGAGGUAAAGGAAUAUCUCUGUUUUUAUCCCAAUCCCAUUGCCGUUGUGCUUCGCGUGGGGCAGGAGACUAAGGCGGAGCGGAAUGGCAGGUUUGAGCCCUGCACGGUGCUCCAAUUGGAUGGAAGUCUGAUCCAGAUCUGCUUUAAGAGGGACAAGCAAAAACAAUGGGUGUAUAAAGGCUCAGAAAAGUUGGAGCACAUUGUUAAUAUCAAGAAGCGUCUUGCUCAACAUAAAACACAACCCGCUAAACCAGGAAGUGCUGUGCCUCAGCAAAAUACAACUUCCCCCUCGACAACAGUUAUCUCGGCAACUGUUACCUCAACAGCUGUCUCUCCCACACAUGCAACCCAUCAAGCUGAAACCGAAGUCACCAAAACACCGUCUAUUACUGCUCAAAAUCCCACAUCAGAUGUAAGAGUGAUCCAACAAGCUGAUGCCAUAGUCACCAAAACACCAUCUAUUAACCCUCAAAAUCCCAUGUCAACUGUCACUCCCACAAGAGUGACCAGACAAGCUGAUGCUACAGUCACCAAAACACUGUCUGUUAACCCUCAAAAUCUCACCUCGGCUAUUUUACAACCUAAAAUCAUCCUCCAGAGGUUGGUAAUGCCCUCAUCCAGGGUAGCAAAGGCUAAUAUGCAAACAGUGGAGUCUUUAAGAAGUUCAAAACGACCAGCCCCUAAUGAGAGAGAGGAGCAUUUUUCAGAGAAAGACCACUCCAAGUCUGCAUACAUAUAUCAUCGCUGUUGUCCAGCAUGUCUGGAUGGGGUGAGACCGUCACUGGUUGACAUGCAUCAUGGUCAGAACCCACUUCUUAUUCCUUUGCUUUUUAAGUUUCGUCGAAUGACUGCUCGGAGGCGCCUCGAUGGAAAGGUUUAUUUUCACAUUUUCUAUCGUUCUCCGUGUGGGCGGAGCCUAUGUGACAUGGCGGAAGUGCAAGAAUACCUGUUCGAAACACGCUGUGACUUCCUCUUCCUGGAAAUGUUCUGUAUGGACCCGUUUGUCCUUGUGAAUCGUGCCCGACCCCCUUCCACUUCAACCAGCCAGCCUCACCUGUACCUGCCGGACAUAUCAGAGGGCAGGGAGGUGCUGCCAGUGCCCUGUAUUAAUGAGGUGGACAAUACACCUGCUCCUAAUGUCAAGUACACCAAAGAAAGAGUUCCAGCUCCAGGUGUCUCCAUCAACACAAGUCUAGACUUCUUGACUGGCUGUGACUGUACUGAUGGCUGUCGGGACAGGUCGAAGUGUUCAUGCCACCAACUGACCAUUGAGGCCACAUCAUUAUGCAGUGAUGGUCCCGUAGAUGUUACUGCUGGAUACACUCAUAAGAGACUGCAAACAGGCUUGCCGACAGGGGUGUAUGAGUGUAACCCUCUGUGCCGCUGUGACCCGAGAAUGUGCAGCAACAGGCUGGUUCAGCACGGUUUACAGCUGCGACUGGAGCUCUUCAUGACGCAGCACAAGGGAUGGGGCAUCCGCUGCAAAGAUGACGUGGCCAAAGGAACAUUCGUGUGUGUUUUCACUGGUAAAGUAGUGAAUGAAGACAAAGUGAAUGAAGAUGAGACAGUGUCUGGAAAUGACUAUUUGGCCAACCUUGACUUCAUUGAGGGGGUGGAGAAGCUGAAAGAGGGUUAUGAGAGUGAGGCAUACUGCUCAGACACAGAGGGAGAAAGCAAGAAGUCCAUAAAAAUGAAAACGGGGCCAUUAUGGAAAAAUACCCUCUACAAUGAAGACUCCAGCAGUGGUGAAGAAAAAUAUGAACCUAUGCAGGUGGAAACUGAGCAUGAGGAGAUGGAUGUUUGUGAUGAGUACUUAAGUGAGAAAACACUGUCCCCUGAGCCUCAUGAAAUAUCUGAAGAUACACAAAAGAAUUUGACUGUCUUGGCCAAUCAAAAAAAAGAAGGCCAAGAGAUCUCCACUCCGAGGCGCUGCUUUGCCAAGAAGUCAUGCCAGAGAAGAGUAAAACCACUAGAAACAUCUAAAACACUGAGUGAGACAACGAAGACAGUACAACCUGCCAACAACACCCGCAGGCUGUUCAACAGAGAGGAGGCGUGUUAUAUCAUUGAUGCGAGACAGGAGGGCAACCUUGGGCGCUACAUCAAUCAUAGUUGCAGUCCCAAUUUAUUUGUCCAGAAUGUCUUCAUCGACACACACGACCUCCGUUUCCCCUGGGUUGCUUUUUUUGCCAGCAAGCGCAUAAAAGCUGGAACAGAGUUGACAUGGGAUUACAACUAUGAGGUGGGCAGUGUGGAUGGGAAGGUUCUGCUGUGCUGCUGUGGCUCAUCGCGCUGCACUGGAAGGCUGCUCUAAUAUUGCUCUGUCAACUUAUGGAACACAAUGUCUCUUUGAUGUGUCAUUUAUCUAGUUAAAACCUAUGGCACUGUUUUGGAAGAAUAUUACAUUUAAAGACUAACUCCAGAUGAAAUGUAUAAUGCAAUGUAAGGUUUGAAUUAUUAUUUUGUCUUGUUGCUGUUAUUUGUUAUGUUUAUUACUUUUUAUUAUUUUUUUAACAUCUGCAAGAAAUGUGAAGAUUUGUAUAUUAUUUGUAAAUAAAAUAUUCAAA